AUGGGAAUCCCCCGUCUAAUUUCUACCCUGGAGCCCUACGUCGUUCAUCAAGUUCUCGACAACAAAAGUGUGGUUAUCGAUGGUCCUGCCUUGGCCUAUCAUAUUCUCUAUAUCUGUAACAGACAUGGAAUUCCUCAACCGUCGUACAAAAUUCUGGGCAAGACUGCCGUAGCCUGGCUAGACGAACUGACUCGACGUAAUGUCGUUGUCGACGCUAUAUACUUUGAUGGAUAUUUACCUCCAGACAAGGCGCCAGUUCGUAUGCAACGGAUGAUUGAAAGUUUCAAUCAGUUAAAGAAGACCCAUUCUGCCGAAGCCAGUGGCUUCUCUCCAACAUACUUCACAACGCCUUUUGAAUCGUCUCCAACUCUCUUCUCGGCUGCUAGGCCUCCAUUGGGGAAGCGAACAAUACCUCCUAGCUUUCACGUUCCUGCUAUUAUUGACGCCCUGAGAAUAUCGCUACGCUAUGCAAGUCUUGUUUGUCUCGUUCCAGGGGAGGCCGACGCAUACUGCGCACAACAUCUAUCACAAUCAGGUGGCACUGUCCUGACCUCAGAUUCCGACCUUCUCGUCCACGAUUUGGGAGAGGGAGACGUCGUUUUUAUUCGUGACAUAUAUCUCGACCAGCAAUCACGUCUUGCAUGCGCAAGCUUUAGCCCUGCACACAUCUGUGAAAAACUCAAGCUUGCGUCCUCUGCAGAAAUUUGUCGAUUUGCAUACGAGCGAAAAUCUUCCCCACAUUCAACCCUCCCACAGCUCUUACAAGAUUGUAUAAGGCCACUUGGUGACCAGAUUGGGUAUGCUGAGUUCUGCCAGGAAUACCAAGACCAUGCUGUUGCUCCCAUACCUGUUUCUGUUUAUGGAGCGCCCAUACAUAUCGGCUCUCUGGACCCAAGGAUAUCGGAGAUGGUGCUGCAGCUGGGACAUACAGGUGUUCAAAUGGACAGAACAGAUGACCCCAAGAUGUUCCUCCCCGUCCUUUUGGAAAGUCCAGAACGGGGAAGUGCUUGGGAGCAGAGUACAUCGAUCCGACAGCUGGCCUACACAAUAGCACGCUGGGCUAUCCCUGGAACAUCCUCAGUUGUGCAAGAGUAUCGUCGCGUGAAUACCACAAUACAAAAAGGGCGACAGGUUUCCAUGCUCCCCGAAAAAACGACGAAAGCCUUGGUGCAAGAUAUCACAAGACUGAUGUCUACGAUCAGGCUAGUCACGGGUAGCGACACUAUUCGAGCAUGGCACUUAGUUUACCUGACUUUGGAUAUUCGACAUUGUUACGAAGAGGGUAGACCUUCACACAUGUUGCAGACUAUCGAGGCGAGCCUGCAGAAACCAUUGCCCCAACGAGUUUCUUGGGACACCAUUCACUUCGUAGCGCAACUUCAAGCCGCUUACUACUCAUUUCGGCUUUUGAAGCAAGUUUUAUCGCUUGGACAGCCCGCAGAGGUCUUGCCGGAACUACGAGACAUGUUAUCGUCAUUACCACCCCUGACGGAGUGCCCUGAUGUCGACAGAACGCUCGAAUUCCUACAACCAACCAGCAGCACGGGGGUUUACGAGAUAAUCGCUACAUCUGUACCGUUGCCAAAUGUUGACGACAGUGCAAAACGUAAACCAAGGGAUAAGAACAAUAAGCGAAAGAUCACCAAUCAAGAUUCGCCCAAAACUAAAGCAAGGGUUAUAAAGUCGGGGACGAGGAACAUGUUUGAUGUUCUAUCCCAUGAAAGCUAA